UUGUGCAGUGUAUGAUGUGAUUGUGAAGUUUUUCCACGUGUCCCGCGGAAAAAGACUCAGUGAUAAUUGCAAUUAACAUGCUAGACAUGAAUAGGAGAGAUAAUUUAUUCAUUUUUCACGCCUGGAUAUUGCACGACCUCCGGGGAUGGCGAAGGCGAAAUGUUGGAAUAGUUGAGGAGCUUAGGGGGCUAAAUUGUGUUUCAGGUGUGUAAUCCCGAAUAAUUAUGAAUAUCGGUAAGUGUAAUGUCUUUUUGAAAAGCUUACUACAUGUACACUGCAAGUGUAUAAGCAUUAAAUGCAAAACCAUUCGAUAAGGAUCACCCUUUCUUGUGUCCUUGUGAAGAAGUCUCUCGAGCCGGGAAUUGUUGUUGCGAAGUGUGAAUAAUGUGACAAUACAAACCCACUAUAUUAUAAGCAAUUUAACGCCCAAUGAAUUGAUAUAGCUAUAAUAAUAAUCGUAAGAUGAAAAAAGGAGCAUGAUGUCUUAAAAAGAAAUAGAGGAAAAAAGUUGUCGGAUCUGCAGGAAAAGUCAUCUUGCCAAGCACUUCUCUCACUCGUUCUCUGUUGCGCCCAAAUGAUGAGAAAUCAUCCAGGAGAGACACGACGAGCCCAAAAUGGGCGUGGAUUAUGUGAAUAUCUCAAGUAAAUGCAUUUUAUGUUGCCAUAAAACCUAAUGUGUAUGACUGAAAUGGCGAUAAUGUCAUAAUGAAGAAGGUGAGAGCUUUAAGAGUGUGCAUUAAGUUUUAGCCAAGCUUUGCUGUUGGCCAGAGUGAGAUGUUAGUUUUUGCAGUGUUGGAACAGGACAAAUAAUUUUGGUUGUCGGUGUGUGCAGUUUGUUAGAGUGAGAGCAUAGAAUAAGUGAUUUUUCCUGUGUAUAGAUGUUGAGUGAGAUAGCAAUAUAAUUGGUGUAAAAAUUUGAUGCGGAAAAGUUCAGAUGAUCGAAUGAGUAAGUGAAAUGGCCGAAUGAAUUGUUUGAUGUGUGCGAAGAGAAAGAAAUCUGGCUACUUGUUUACAAUUAUAGCUAUUUGUAUGGCAACACUAUCAACUAGAAAGAGAUAAAAUCAAGUGUUAUGCCCUUUUGCGCCAUGAAUAUCACAUUGCAUCGUGCAGUAUAUCUGUGAGGAGUAUAGAUAAAUUGCCUGGAAAAUGUGUUGGAGGGAGAUAUGAGAUGUUCAGGUAUUUAAAGAUUUUUUUUGCUAAUCUUGAAAAAGAAAGUGGAUGCCCUGAACGGUGAGUCCUUCUGGCCAAUUGAGGAUAAUUUUGUAGCUGGAGUUCCUCAUUGUUAGGCACAUUAACCCAAUACAAUGCAGCCUUCAACUUUCAUUAUUAGAUGUGAGAUUUAUUGGGUCAUUCUGCUCAUCAGACACGCGGACAAUUGGCGUGAAUUGACAAUGCUAAAUGCAAAUGGUGCAUCAAUCACACGGGUAAAUUGCAGCAAGUGCAACGCGAUCCAUUAUGUCAAUUGCGAAAGUUAAAGUGAGAAAGGGAAACUAAAAGCUUUUGUGUUUCUCAGUCUCUCUCCGUUGCAAAAGUUUAAAUAGCGCUUUCGCACCCUCUUCAGGAUUACAGUAAAAUUUCUCCCAAUUAUGCGUUUCGAUAGCACGCGUUCUACAAGGGGGGCCAGGUUAUCGCCUAUAUCGAUGCCGGAAAAACAGGCCCCUUUUGAGUAAAAAUGCAUGGCGUGAAAUGUAUGCUAGAGCGAGAUAGUUGGAAUUCGAUUCUCAACCAUGAAAAUCAAACAGUACUCGUUUGGAAGAGUUUGCCAUAACGUCAGACAAGAGCAGAUAUCAUAUCUUGGGUUCGGGUGAAGGAAGGAAAAAAAAGUUCAGUUGCUCGGCGUGCGCUGAAGUGAGAACGACAGAGGCCAGAAACGCGCGGUGCUUUAAGCGAAAUCGUGCAGCUUUUGUAUUGUGUCAUAAACGAACUACUUCUCAUAACGUAAACAGCUUCGGACUAAUACGAUCGAAACAGAGUUGUUUCAACCAUCCAAAUCGCCUCGUUUGCAAAGCCACUGUUGCAUCGUUCAUUUUUAUAUUUAUUGACCCGGUAUUAUAUAUAUUUUCUUAUUUUGGGAAAAAGUCUCAAGAGACAUUCCAAAGCACAUUUUCCGCUAUGCAGACAUUUUGACGACAUUAAUAAAAUUUAUGUGAGUGUAUUUAGACAAUUUCCGUGUUAGAAUUUGCGAAAGAAUUUGUGAUUUUUUUCUGUGUUGGAAAAGAAAGUGCUGAGUGAGGUGUGAUCACUGCAAAAAGGAAUCACCACGUGCUUCGAAGGCAAUAAAAAAUGUUGAGGGUUGUUAAAGUCAUAUUGCUUUAUUAUGGAUAAAUUUAAUGGCCAGUUGAGUACAAUUGCGACACUGGGAGUGUUUGAAAAAAAAAUCUGUGAGAUCGACUGGCUAAUGAAUCUGUGGACAAUGUUUGAUACUGAACACUGAAGUCUCCGAUCCCCCCUAAAAAAUAGCCUCUGGAAUUUGCAGUCUGACUGUAUAAAUGAAAUAUGCACUUGAGACAACACCCGAAGAAAUCACAGUAAAGUUUUAUGACGUAUUCCAGUCAUAAAAUUAAUUUCUUUUAUUGUCAUCAACUCUGACACAUGAUACGCUAAGUCAUUUGAGAAUUGUGCUGCAGAAGCAAGACUUACAAAAUCACUCAAAAAAGCUCAAAAGCAACAAAUCUUCGGGGGUGCAUGAGAAUAGAGGAGACCCCCAGAGAGAUACGGAAGAAGAAAGUGUUGAAGAAGUCUAUUGAAGGAGAGAUACCAUUGAGAAAUCAUCAGCAUAUUGCUUGAUGACCCAAUAAAAUUUUUUACUGGUGUUUACAUUGUGGAUACAAGUCGUAAAGUGGCAAGAGUUUCUAGAUAUACUCACACCAAUAUUUACAAGCACGGUUGAGAAAAUUGUUUGCCACACAAAUCGGACUUAAGUAUAGUGAAUCUGUUAGCCAAGAAUCACAAGAAAAUUAACUGGUGAGCUUUCAGCGCCUCGUGGAAUAUUGUGGACUUUGCGUUGAAUCCUCGAAGAACUUUCCCCGAGAUUUCAUAUAAACAAGUGACUGUUGUGAAAAAGAUUUGAACGAAGGAGUGAGUAAAAUUCAAAUUUGUUUAUCCAUUAACACACUAACUCAUUAACACCAAGAACUCAAGCCAAUUUCGAAUGGCAAUUUAUUUAGGAAAUUUCUUGAUCUACUAGUAACCAUCCUGCGCCCACUAGAAAAAAAAGCGGAGAGGUUCAGAGACAGUAGUUCCCCUUUUAAUUUUACGUGUUAAAGUUAAUGAGAAGAGGCAGGUUGCGAAGAGGAGUACUAAUUCAACUAAUAAAAUAGUAUGUGAGAUGUCAAAAUUCCUAUUUGAUAGUAUGCUACCAAAGUACUCACAGUUCCAGUCACUUAUAAGUUCCCAAAUUUCAUCGCAAACACCAACUGUCUCACAGACGCCCAACUCCGAAGGUAGCCCACUAACAAGCUCCGAAGGAAGCCCCAGCUCCCCGCCAACAAGUAAAAUGUACCCCUAUGUCUCCAAUCAUCCAUCGUCCCACACAAGUCUAUCUGGUAUGCCAGGAUUCUCGGGUCUAGAUGACAAAUCGUGCAGAUACACUGAAAGCAUGAUGAAUACGUAUCAGUCCAUGGGAGUACCGCCUAGUGCAUCAAGUUUCGCACAAUUCUACCAAGCCGCCUCUGCCGUUUCUGCCGCUUCCGCCGGCGCCAUUGGGGUUGGGGUGGAUUCACUUGGGAAUGCCUGCACACAGCCCUCCUCCGGUGUUGUCUCCACCGGCGGUACGGGGCAGACCAUAACUGACAUUCCACGAUAUCCCUGGAUGACACUCACAGCAGAGUGGAUGAACGGACCCUUCGACCGUGUUGUUUGUGCUGAUUUCAAUGGCCCAAAUGGUUGUCCACGACGAAGAGGACGUCAGACCUAUACGAGAUUCCAGACCCUGGAGCUCGAAAAGGAGUUCCACUUCAAUCACUACUUGACGAGAAGGCGACGAAUAGAGAUAGCUCAUGCCCUAUGCCUCACCGAGCGACAGAUCAAGAUUUGGUUCCAGAAUCGCCGGAUGAAGCUGAAGAAGGAGCUGAGAGCCGUAAAAGAAAUUAAUGAGCAGGCUCGACGAGAUCGUGAGGAGCAGGACAAGAUGAAGCUCAAGGAGUCCCUCUCAUCCGCCCAACAUAAUAACAAACCACCCCAAGAGCACCCCAUCGUGUCACAAAAUUCAGGUAGUGGCGGAGGACAUCAUUUACACCAUCACCCGUCAGUUCAGAAUGAUCUCAAGUUGGGCCUUGGUAUGGGCGUUGGGGUGGGUGGUAACCUGGGCAUGAUGGGUGGCCUCGACAAGAAUCAAGACCUCCUCAAGGCAGUCAGUAAAGUCAAUACAUAAAUUGCCAUGCCAGUGGAAGGUAUUUAGGGAUCUUCCACAUAAUUUCGUGUUAUUUAUUUAUCCUCCCCCCCCUUCGAAUUAAAAAUAUCACUGUGUCUCAAAAAACAAUCACACUAAAUUGCCAUCAUGUUUUCAGUUUUCAAGUGGAACUGUUGAUCAAGUUUCAGGUAAGAUUCACCAUCAUUUCUCACGAGAAACAUCCAAAAUGGUAUUCUGAUUGAAACACUAUAGAUUAGUUUAGAAGAAAGCAAGGAUUACAUUGAUAAAAAACAACAACAACAACAAACUAUACGUAAGUAGUGUUUACACUAAAGGAAGUUUUAAAACUGUGGAUGCAUACUGCAAUAAUUGAGCAUUAGACCUCCAUGAGUAAGAAGUGCAACAGUGAGACAUUGUAUCCAGAAGAAGAUCUCUCGUUGAUUUUAAAUGAAAUGCAAUCUUUAAAAACAAUUCAUUGGAGGAUUUAUGAAAGGAGAAAAUUACAGAACAAAACUACACAAUAUACGUACUAGGAAUUAAGUAAAGUAAACCCGCAAGAAAUGUGCAUUGCAAAAAAACGUACUGAUAUAUUCUGGAAGAAAAUUUGAAGUGGAAUAAAUACCCAAGAAGAAUGUUGGGCAAAUUUUAGAAAUUAAUGUAGCUGAUAGCAGAAACAACAGAAUAGUUCAAAGUGAUGAACACAGUAGAAGAAAAAAUUUCUCGAAGAAUGCCAUUUUCUAAAAAAAAAUCUCUUGUGCAAUUUUCCGUGUUGAUUUUCUGUUAUUUUGAAUCUUUUGUGUUGAGCAAAUAAAAUUCGACUGUGAGACAUGAUUAUAUUCAUUUGAUUUUGGGUUAAACAGCUUAGUAAAAUCACGACAAUAUUGUGAUCCUAAAAUUUAUUUAAUUUGAUCUUAUUUACUGUUUCCAAUUUCGUUGAUAUUCUGCAUUUUUUCACUCACAGGAACAUUUUAAAGUGUUCUUUUUUUUUAAGUUGUUGCCAAGAAAAAAACCACAAGUAAAAGGAAAAGGUGAAUUUGUGAUGCUACUUUUGCACUCAAGAGGUAAUUAUUUUCAAUUGCGGAAGGUGAAACUGUGGGACGAGUCUUUCUAUAAUUGAAAACUCUCUGACGAUUCCCUUCCGUAGAAUCUUUCGUCUGAUUUGAUGAAAGAGUAACAGUCGUAUUCAACAUUCAAGAUCUUAUUUUACGUAAUAAUUUGUGCUUUAUUCUCUUUUGGUUAUUUUGUAUUGAAUAGUGCUUAGCCACUUAUUAUUAGUUUUGUGAUAAUUCCCAAAACUUGUCAGAGGAAAAGUAUUUUUUAAAUUUUUUUUCUGAAAACAUCUAUUUUUUUAAACUUUAGUAUAAAAUUGCAUUCAUAUUUUAUGUUUAAAUUAUAGACAUUUUCUCAGUAAAAACAUUUUAUGAAAUAGAAUAAGAUCGGAAAAGUUGAAUAAGAUUGCCAAGAGCCAUGCCUGAAGAGACAGUCAGUUUAGUUUUCUUGAGAUAGAAUUUCUCUAAUUAUUAUUUAUCUUAGGCGUUUAACAUGUGUGUCUGCGUUGUGUAAAGGGAAAGAGCCUUUGAGGAAAAUUCUGUGUGUAUGUGUGGAUGUAAUUUAAAGAGAAAAGAUACUCUUUUUGCAUGGAAAAUGUAAGAGUAACCCCUUCUAGACCGUCAAAUUUUCCCCCAUGAAUGUCUGGAAAAGCGUAUGAAUGGCAACUUUAUCUAACUGUCUGUGGUAUAAUUAAGUGUAAAACAAGUGCGAAUGAUUUUUAAUUGAAAACAAACACUACAAUUAUUAACUGUUUAAUUGCAUAAAGGUAAUGUGUGUAGUUAAUUGUGCCAAAUGUAAUUUAUAAAAAAAAAUCUUCUGAUAACAAAAUAUAAUAUUAACACAUCCAAAACAUCAGGCUAAUCCUAUUAAAAAUUGUCUUAAAUUUUCAAAAGAAUCUCCAGAAAAAGAGUAUGGCAAAAUUGACAAACAAAAAUCUAUUCGUCCAGAGACAGAAAAAAAACAUUUGUAUAAAAUAUGUCAUUUUAAUAAAUCCCAGAGAAAAUAUUGAAAAGAUAAAAUAAAAUAAAAAUCAUAAAAGCUUAAAAAUGAUUUUUUGGCAACAAGAGAUAAUAAGUAAUGCCUAUGAAAAAGGAACAAAAACUAUAAAAUUCAAAUUUCAUAUCCAUUCUUUUCCUCAAAAUACGUAAGAGAGAAUUCUUUUUGAAAUUCCUAUUGACAAUCUCGAUUUUUUGGGAGUUGCGCUAGUUAGAAAGUUUGGAAAAAAAUAGUACAUCAUUAUUUUGUCAGACAAAGCAAAUUAACAAAAAUGAAUUCCCAUCGUAGUGAUUGAUGAAAAAACAUUUUAAAUACGUAAUUUUGUCCAGGGUAGAUUUUAAUAUUCAAACAAGAGAAUUAAAUAUUCUGAAAAAGAAAUAGAUAGAUAACUCGGUCGUCAAAAGGACAAUUUUAGCUCCUUUCUGUACAUUUUCGCUUAUUUGCUAUUUAUUUAUAAAAGAAAUAUAUAUACAUAUAUCAUUCGCCCGAAUUUAGAAACCGAGAACAAGCUAUAAAACGAAUUUACAUACUAUAAUUUCAAUUGAGUACUUACAAGAAAUCUUUACUAUUUUCUUUGCGAAUUAAAGAGUGAGAAUUCUAUUUUAUUUUCUAGCUCAGUGCUUCAGGAAAUAAUUGUCGUGUUUCUUUGAUAUUUUUUAUCUGCUUUUAUCUCCAUUUUAAUUGCCAUACCAGAGAACAUAGUUGAAGUAAAAAAAAGGAAUCCAUAACAUGAAUCACAAUAGCAUCUUACUCAUAAUUAUUAUUGUAAUAAUAAUUGAAUAUAUUAAAAAGUUUAAUUAAAAUAAACGCUUUGCUUAUUCCUAACAAGAUAAUAAUUAAUAACUUAAGUGUAUAAAAAAUGAGCUAUUUCUUGCCACAAUAGGAAUUAUAAAUAAAAAAAAGAGAAAAAAAUAGAAGGAAAACGUAAACAAUUUAAACGAUAUUGAAAUGAAAAAUCUUCAUCACAUCUAAACUAUCCAUAAAUGAUGAUAAUAUUCAUUAGAGCAACGUGUUUACAAUAAACUAAAUAUACGUAAAAAAUAUAGAAAUAUAUACAUAUUGUGUAAAUAUGUAUGUUUUUUCAACAUUUUCACUCACUUGUGUCAUUUUUUUUUACAUGGUUGUUGAAUAUCAAAAAGAGAUAAAACACACAAAAACAGCGAAAGGAAAAGUAAAUUUCUCCUUUUGAAUUUUCUUUUAUUUGAAAAUUUUUAUCUGUGAUAAGAUUAUGUUAAUGAUUAUUUCUUCGGUUUGUCGCUUGAACAGUUUUUAUAGUCUUUUCUAAAAGGUCUUUUUUUCUGGUAGCGUCUUCUUAACAAUUUUUAUGUUAGCAGCGUGUCAAAUGCGAUUUUAAGUUUUCUUUGUUUUUCUUUUUUAGAUUUCAUUUGUUCUAAUAGAUUUUUUGUUAUUUAUUUUCUGAAUUUAAAAGAAGGUUACAAGGCUUACGGAUUAAGUGAAAGAUUAUCUCAAAAAGAAAAGAAUGUGAAACUCUCUGUAUCCGAAUUAAAAUAAUUGUAUUUAGUGAGAAGAGUUGAAGUAAAAAAAAAACAGAGAUAAAAAACAUGACCUAAAGUAUAUAUAUAUUGAGAAAGAAUAUAUAAAAUUAAAUGAAAUGAUAUACAUUAUAAAUGUAAUUGACAUAAUUUUACUUUGACACCAACAAUUUUUUAUAUCUCAAGUAUAAAAUAUCGAUAAAUUUGUGAAAGGUGGGGAAGAAAGAAAAUUGUGUCUGAAAUGUCACAAUGAAUUUAUCGAUUGAAGAAAUAUCUCGCCCAUAAUUUAGUGGUAAAAAAGAAAAGAGAAAAGGAAGAAAAUCCAGAAUGAAGCCCACAGAUUAAUAAUUAUAUUAGAAAAAAAUAUUCUUAAUAAAAACAAUGAGAGAAAAGUAAACUAAAAGUACUCUUAUAGUGUAAUAAAAAAUGAAUUAGAAAGUAAUAGGUAAGGCUUAACAAUUAUGUAACAACCUGUAUAAUAUACAGAGACGAAAUACAAAUAAAAAUAACAAUUUCGAGA